AUGCGUGUAGAUGUGACCUCGCGCUUUCGAGAAUUGGCUCCUAUACGCUCCCAUGCCGUCUCAAAACAACCCAGUGUCUUUGUCAUCGAAGCAAUGAAUCUGUUAAGCAAUUUAGUAGAAAUUGAACAAUUGGUACAUCGAGUAAAACCUCAAUAUCUGCUACCCAAGCGCUUUGUCCGGAUCAAAGGGUCUUGUAUGAGUGAAAAGGACAAGGAUGAGCUAGAUGCUGAUCUAGUGGAGCUUAUUAAAAAUUGUAGCAGUAGAAUUGAUACUUUGAAGUCGGCGAAGGAGGUCCAAGCUGCUGUAUCUAAUGUAGAGGAAUAUCAGAAAGAAGUGGUGGCGUAUUUGUUCGAGCGCUUGAAAUGUAUUGCAGACAGCGCUAAGCAGAUGCAAAAGAAAAGAUACCAACAGCCUUUUCUGUUGUUGCCGCGUUUACUACCAGAAUGUGAGCGACAAGACUUGGAUAAACUGGAGCAGAAGAUUGUUCAGAUGAGCAAAACGGAAGCUACAAAGAAACAAGCUGCUGCCACAUUCUUAAACAAAGCUGAAGCUCCCAAACUCCCGUUACCCGCGUCAAUAGAAUUGUCGACAGCUUCACCCCGUGCUAGUUCUGCACCACCAAUGGCUGCGUCACCAGUAAAGCAAAAGUUAACAUCUCAGCACAGCACAUUCGAAACUCGAAAAGCGGUGUCAAAAACUCGGCAGCAAGGACCGAUAUUUGCCUCAAAAAGCGAGGAUCUGAAGCUUACGGAAGAGGAAGACCGGCGUUUCCGCGCUGAAAAUUUGAUGUUACAUCGACACUUCCAAGAACAUUUUGAGGACGCAAAAAAGAUGGAGUCAAAAAUGGCCGAGAUUUCUAGCCUCAUGGGUCAAUUCGCGGACAAAAUAAUGGAGCAGCAGACAGAUAUCGAGCUUAUUCAGUACCACGCUGAAGAGACAAAGUCCAACGUCACUCAGAGCAACCGCAUCCUGGAGCAGACGCAAAAGGUUGGAACAGGCUACGGGUUCAUGAUCUUUUGCUUUUACAUGGGUUUCUCCAUUAUUUUGCACAUGCUGCAUUACUUUAACAGCUAA